CAGGCUGGAUCUCCGCGGUCCUGGAAAAGUAGGUCCUUCGCCGAUCUUGCCCUAUUUGGCUGAGAUAUAGCUUUCCGAAGAUGUGGAUUCCCGCAUCAUGCAAAUACUGGUUUUUUCUGUAAGCUAUAUCUCAGCUAUACCGGGUGAAUCCUGCCAAUCGACUGCAAUCGGAAAACGUCCAAUUAUCAAGUUGAAAUCAAAGCAGCAUUUUCCAAGUCUUCGUAAGCCAUACAUACCUGUAUGUUUAAUUAAAAAUGAGUGACAUACUUUCACUGACAACAGAACUUUACCUUAUUCAUAGAAUGCUAUUGGUCCUGCCACCAACCAUACAGUAUACAGAUGUGGCAGGUUAUGCACCGAAAAUGUCGCAAAGAGCUGUCUGGAUUAGAUCCCAGGAUCUGCGGCUCAAGCUUUCGGCUAACCCGCGUCAUCAGGAGACAGCCAUGACGCCCAGUAGUACGCUGAAUCAAACGCUGGGCUUCAGCUUCGAGACGCAGGACUUAUGUAGCCUACGCUUUACCACAAACCGAGUCGUACCCGAUUUCCCCCCCGCUAGACGGAGCGCUUCCAAGCAUUACCGAUGAGCAUUCGAGACAGACCGAGACCUAUCCCGGCCAGACAGAAUCGUAUCCCAGCAGGACAGAAGCGCACCCCUUGCAAGAUCUGAACGCGGACUACUAGGCUCUAGAUAGAUCUCGUUGCUGUUAGUUUUAAGGAUAUAAAUGUUUUCCACUUGCUUAUAUAUUUCUACUAGGCUAAG